AUGCCCCGGAGAGAAAAUAGUGCCCUGCCUAAGUUAAACAUUGUUCCCUGUCUAAUUGUGGACUGUCAUACAAGAAGUGGUCGAGAUAAGGAAAAAUCUUUCUGUCGUGUGCCAUUUGUGAUAAAACACCGAGAGGACGAAGUCAAAGAACUCUCGAUCGAGCGCCUUCUAAACUGGCUUUCCGCUAUCAGCGGAGUAGGAUUAACGGAAGAUAUUCUUAAAAACGACAGAGCUUGUUGCCGUCAUUUCGUCUCUGGACGUCCAGCAGCCAAUUGGGACAAGUAUAAUGUCCACUGGGUCCCUUCUCUACACCAAGGACACGAUAGGAAAGGAAAAACGGAUCUUGAACUGCAGGCCACUUGGUCUGAUCGAGUGAAGACACGAAGAAAGCGAAGACACAAACAGGCUUUGAAUGAGACAGCUGCCAAAGUACAGCUACUUGAUGUUGACGGUAAGAUGGUAAAGGUUCUCAUUUUUGACGAUUCUUUGUCGGAUAUUCUUGAUGAGACAAGUGUUGGUUGCAAACAAGACGCCGAUUUUGGGGAUUUGGAUGAAGUUUCAUCACAGUUCAAUAAACUGACAUUAUUAAAAGAUGGAACCUCUCAGACAGAGAGCGAGUCUAAGGACUCAACAACCGAGACUGAGGAAUAUGAUUAUAUGUUUGAGAAUGAUAAACAAGGUACCUUCGACCUCAAAGACAUGCGGGAUGAUGAUAAAGCACGUUUUUACACCUACCUGCCUUCUUUUCAUGUUCUCAGUUGCCUAUAUGAACACGUUUAA